AUGAGAGAUAGAGCCGAUCACUACAGACCAGUAGACAAUAAAGGGUGUCAAGCUACCUCUUCACACGAUAAGUCCUCAAAGAAUUCAUCUGGUAAACAAUUGCAAGAUUCCGUUUGUGUAAUUUGGAACCCCUUAAUCAUGGCAACACGAAACCGUGCUAUUGAUGUACGUCGGUAUCUGAGUAUUUAUGGUAAAACACUUGAACUAACUGCUGUUCUAUGUAACCGCAGACUAGAAAAAACUAUAUAUUUCUUUUCGGAAGAUCAACCGUUUGAGAAGAAUGAAAAGACGAGACACAAUCUAUAG